UCCUCUCCUACGUCCGCAGAUAAGAUGUAAAUACAGCCGGUUGGGGACCGUUGACUUCAUUCGUUUCAUCGACUGAACUGAAAAAUGUCUGGAAGAGGGAAAGGCGGGAAGGGACUCGGUAAAGGAGGCGCCAAGCGUCACCGUAAAGUUCUCCGUGAUAACAUCCAGGGCAUCACCAAGCCCGCCAUCCGCCGUCUAGCUCGUCGCGGCGGAGUGAAGCGUAUCUCCGGUCUGAUCUACGAGGAGACCCGCGGUGUGCUCAAGGUGUUCCUGGAGAACGUCAUCCGUGAUGCAGUCACGUACACCGAGCACGCCAAGAGGAAGACGGUGACCGCCAUGGAUGUGGUGUACGCUCUGAAGAGACAGGGUCGCACCCUGUACGGCUUCGGAGGCUAAACAACGACCUGACAACAAUAACAACACAACGGCUCUUUUAAGAGCCACACACUACUUCUAAAGAGACAAUUUCUGAUAUUAUGAAUUUAUUAUAAAAUGAGAUACUUUUAGUUAUAGUCUACUACUGCUGGCAAAUCCUAUGUUUAGUGUCAUACUACACCAAUCCUCAAUAUAAAAACUUUCUUUUAGUUUG